ACUUUCGUCAUCCCCUCCCUCUGUCCAAAUUUACUGAUAACUCGAUGUCCCUUAAAAACUGAUUGAUGCCCCCUACAUUUCCCUCAUUUGUCCUCUCGCAUCAAUUUUCGAAAUACUUCAUUAUUAGAAGCUUGGUCACCAGAAAAAUGAGCGCCAUUCCUAAACCAGUUCUCACUCAUGAUGCCGCACCCCGUAAGUGUCCCUUCUACCGAUUAUUCUCCUCUGAAUGGUUGAUUGAUCAUUGCUUACCCUUUUCGUUUGGCGAAUAUAGCUGCGGGGCCCUAUCCAUCAAGGCCAAUGGUCUCAUCUUCGUCUCCGGUCAGAUCCCCGCCGACAAGAGCGGCAAUGUUAUCAGGGGUAGCAUCGAGGAAUGCACUGAGGCCGUUUUCGUGAAUCUUGCUUCCGUUCUCAAGGCAGCCAACUCCUCCUUCAACAAGGUCCUUAAAACCACCGUCUUCCUUUCAGAUAUGGCCAACUUUGCCCGCAUGAAUUCUGUUUAUGAGAAGCAUUUUUCCGGCCACAAGCCGGCGAGGAGCUGUGUUGCUGUGAGAGAAUUGCCAAAGGGAGUUGAUGUCGAGAUUGAACUCGUCGCCUUGGAGGAUACCCUUCCUGGGAAGGCUCAAGAGGGGAGCCGUGGAGGCGUGGAGGAGGAGUAGAUUUGAGGGUUUUUUUCUGUGGUCAAGUGUGAGAAAUUCUGUUAGAAGGGUUUUCCAUGGUUGGAUCACCGCCGUCGCUCCUCUCUUUUCACCAUUCGAGCCUUGGGCAAAGUGAGCUAGCAAAAGUUCAUGAUGCGGGGGCAAAGUGUUAGCUUAUUUGUUCCCCGUUGUGAAUCGAAUGAUACACACUCCUCAAGUUCCAAAA